GUGAAGUUAAAAUAAAAUAUCGUUAAUAUGGCCCGUUCUCCAUCGAAGUCAAAGUGAAAGAUCCUUUCGUUGAUCCAGCCAAAACUGUUCCAAGCAAAUAAUGGGAUUAUGCCCACGAUAGAUGGCAAAUUUAACAAGAUCAGGAGAUCAAUGCAUAUAAAAUCCAAGUGAGGAGGGGAACGCAGGCAAGAUCUCUGGUUCCCUAAAACAGAUGCUGUUAAUCCUGACAAGUCAGUAAUAUACUCAGCCAUCUUUAACGGCAGGAGAUCUAGAUUUAGGAAACUCCAAAAAAGCACCGAAUCUGAGAUUUCAAGAAGGAAUAAAAGCAUGCUGAAUAAAUAUGACAAUUAUAAGGAUUCUUACAUCGGGAAUCCGGAUGAGAAGAUGACUAAUGAUUUCUCUCAAGAAAGCUUGAAAAGAAGUCUUGAAAAAGUCAAUAGUUUCAUGCAAAAUCAUGACUGAAGCUCUCCUAUUGGCCCAGCCAAUAUUAAGAAAUCAGCUAUUGUUCAAAGAAGUAAAACUAAGGAGCUUUCGAAUCAUGUUCCAAAGAGAUCUCAGAUCAAGGUUAGAAGUGUCCUUGACAGAUGGAAGCACCAAGAUAAACUAACCUCUCAGGGCUCUGUUUCUGAUAUUUCCCCAGCAAAUGCUUAUAAUUUGAGAAGUUCUAUGAGUAAGAGCAUUAGAGAUGAGAAAAUUGCUUCCCAAAAAGGCUCUACAAUUGCAUAUAAAGAUACAAUGGACCGGUACCUUCAAGAGCAAUCAGCUGACCUAUACAGAGAUAUUUCCUCAAAGACUUAUGAGACGCCCUCAAUGUUUGAUCCAUAUCCGAAUAAAUAACCCAUCAACACUUGAUAAAUACUUCAGACUUGAUCUUGGCAAGAAGCAUUUAAACAUAUUGGCUUCAAAGAACCACAAAAGAGAGAAUUCGUUGAACAAUCUUAACAGGAUAGAGCUGCCUAAGGAUCCUUCCCUUGCUGAGCCUAUAUUCGAUAAAUCAUCUCCAGAAAAAUCAGAUGAAGUCGAAUGGAAAAAGGACCAGAUCGUGCACAAGUACAAAACCAAGCUUGCUCAUGAAAAACUUAUGAAGAAGACACAGCAGAAGGCUAAGAUUAAUAUCAAGGGCAAGACUGAUUUGAAGAAAAAUAUUUAUAAAGAACCAGACUCCCCAACCUUAUCAACAGUGCAUAAGAAUUUAAUAGAGGAACAAAAGAGACUUGAAGAAGCAGAUACUUGGAACCAACAGAGGCGUAAAAGAAAGAAGAACCCUCUUAUUGAUCUAACAGAGAAACUAGACAAGGUCCUCAAAGAACCAUUUAAGAAAGAUAAAGCAUGGAUCAGGUUCAAUGACCAUUAUAAAGUAGCCAACCAAUAUCAUGGAUAAUAGUUAUUAGAGCUUCAAUAAGAUCAUUCAAGA